UGGUGACGGCCCCUUUAAGGGUUAUGUAGAGAGAAGGGCUGAUGUAGGACGACUCCUCUGUGUGCGCUGCCAUCCUCAUCAUGGCCUCCAAACAACCGCCGCUGCUACCGAGAAUGAGCACGAGCAGACGAGCUGUUGGCCCUUUCCUUCCCCGCGCGGAGACCAACAACGUUAAGCCGAAACAGAGGCACCGGUAGAGGGGUGCGCGCCGGGGGAUCAAGCCUCCGAGCUCAUGCCACCCCGUUCUCUUCGAUGUCUUCGUCAAAAGCCACUUACAGCCAUUUGUCAAAGAGGGAUGCAAACCCGGGCGGCGGCAGAAACAUGAACACGAAUAGGGAUUAUUCUAUCAAUCUAUCCGUGCAGCAAGUGCUGAGCCUCUGGGUGCAAGGCACGACGCUGCAACAUUUCACAGAGAUGUGGUACUGGGUGUUCCUGUGGUGUCUUUUCUCCUCGCUCUUCGUCCACGGGGCAAUGGGCCUGCUCAUGUUAGUCAUGCUGCAGCGCCACAAGAGGGGUCGCCUCAUCACCCUGGUCCUGGUCAGCGUGGGCUUCCUGGCCUCCUUGGCCGGUGGGGUCAUCACCAGUGCGGCCGUGGCAGGGGUGUAUCGUGUGGCAGGGAAGGACAUGGCCCCCCUCCAGGCCCUGGUGUUUGGAGUGGGCCAGACCACACUCUCUGUAGUCAUCUCCUUCUCACGUAUACUGGCCACUCUCUGAAGAGAUGACUCUGCUACACGGACAGACUCACUGACGAACAGACACACAAGAGAGGAGAGAGGAAAGGGGAAGGGAGGGACAUCCCACCAGUUACACAAGCAGAGACGGCAAUGGGUGGCAGUUAACUGCAUGUAGUAUUUGAAGGAAAACAAACAGUCAAAUAGAAGAAGUGAAGAAGACGGUGUCCCAGUCCUAGACGUCUAGACAUUUGGGGAUGGAUGAAUGUGGAAGAGUGCCGCCUAGUGUCUCUGUUCAGCCACUGCUACGUUUGCUAGAGCUCCCUUUGCUACAAGGGACCUCUCAAUGCAGGCCUCACUUCUGUGUGUCAAAGACACACACUUCCUUGGGCUCUCCACCAGUUGGCGAUGUCCACAGACUCUGUCAAGUGUCAAGCCAGUGAAACCACAUCCUGAACUGAAAGCUAAUUUGAGGUUCUAUGUGCCGAUGUCCUUUGGGACUUAACUUCAGUGUUGUAAAGGGGAAUGCUUUCAUGGCCAUCUCUACAGACGGUUGAAGGCUUUCUGUUCUAUUUGUGGGGGGGAACUCCACAUUUUUUUUUACAGUAAAGACAAACCACAGCAACCUGUAAUUAAUUGAACAAUUCAAGUCUACGGUCCUUGAAGUGCCACGGUACUUUGAUGAGAUGGCCAGAACAAAAUUGGACCUGUGAAGACCCACCAUCAUUCUGACAUGCCUGAGAGGUUGUAAACGCAACGAUGAUGGUCAACCAAACUACCAUUCAGUGUUAAAAAAAUCUACCAACCACAAACAACUGGAUCUUCUGUCCUUGGAAACUGAUAUCCUAAUAACCAUUCCUUCUUGUAAAGUAUUCUAACUACCACAGCAGGUUUUUUGUUUGCAACAAUCCAUAAUGCUUAACCUUUGCACUUUCUAAAUGUUGGUGAUCCACCUCCUUUACCUAAGAGGUGUCUAAAUAGAGUAGGUUGUUGAGGUUCCGUUGGUUCAAAGUUACUAUGGAGAUAACCACUACGCUUGUUAAGGGCUCUGCAUACGCAAACGGAGCUGACGUAGGUCCAUCAUUUGCGUUGACAGUGUAGAGCCCUUUAGAUAUUUGUCAAGUCUAGACCAGUCCAGGUUGUCCAACGUACUCUGGGGAAAUAGCAACUCUGACCAUGAACCUUGUCUGGAGAGGGUCAGAGUUGCUACUUGGUUCUUACAGGGUUUUAUGGAGGUAAACUAAUGUAUUAACUGAAGUACAAAGAAAGAAUUGUCCUAGUAGUAGCAGCUGUAUUGCUUCUUGAGGAAUAUCUCUGAUAGAGUAUCUCUUGGAAGUUUUACUGUCUGUGUUGUGGUGCAGAUUUACUGUUAAGGUUUAGCGGUUGGAAUCCAGCUGCUACUUGGCUGUUGUGAUAACAAUGUUGUCCUGACUCCUAUAAAUCCCACUCCAUAGAGAGCCAUUCCUGGAGAAGGUCAGAGACUUAGUGUGCAUCCCAAAUGGUACCCUCUCCCUAUAUAGUACACUGCUUUUGACCAGGGUCAAUAGGACUGUAUAGGGAAUAGGGUGCCAUUUGGGAAGCAUCCUCUACUGCUGCUGAAACAGCCAUUUUCUAUGGCUCCCUGCCUUCCUCCCUGUUAGUUCUUGCUAAUCGUGUGUGUAUUGUUUGUGUUUUAACUAAGUUUGACUUUGCAUAUUGCACUGACAACGGCCUGCCUUUAUUUCGCACAGUUUGUUUUAUGAUAUUGGUCCCAGUGGGUGACCCAUAGAUCCAUAGGAUUUUAUACAGUAUGUCCCAUCACCAGUACACACAGUGGGUCCCAAAAAGCAGGUUUUUGUCCAAAAUGGCACCCUGUGCCCUUCAUAGUGCACCCUUUUUUGACCGUAGCCAUAUGGGUUUGAGAAGCACUGCUGUGGUUUUGGAGGUGCUUUUGGGACUGCAGAGCAAUGUUUUUUUUGUGGGGCCCUGUGGGACUAACCAUAAUGAAUGUGUUUGUGUCUGUCCUGUCCACCCUCUGGAACAGUUCACAUUUAUUAACCAACUAUAGGACAGGUCUUACUGCAUCCCAAAUGGCACUAUGUUCCCUACAAUGUGCACUACUUUUCACCAGAGCCCUAUGGGGGAAUUUGGGACGCACACAUUCACUCCUGGAAUUGAAGGGUUGCAAGGCCCACUGGUUUGUACCUUACAAUGUCAUUCAUUUUUUAUCAAUAGCUGACGAUAUCCCAUCUCUCAGUCACUUUCAUUUGUCAGUAAAUGACUGUGGACCAAUAAAACAAGGCCCUCUGCUGCACCCUAAACUAGUUGUGAAUACCACACCAGGCCCUCUGCUGCACCCUAAACUAGUUGUGAAUACCACACCAGGCCCUCUGCUGCACCCUAAACUAGUUGUGAAUACCACACCAGGCCCUCUGCUGCACCCUAAACUAGUUGUGAAUACCACACCAGGCCCUCUGCUGCACCCUAAACUAGUUUUGAAUACCACACCAGGCCCUCUGCUGCACCCUAAACUAGUUGUGAAUACCACACCAGGCCCUCUGCUGCACCCUAAACUAGUUGUGAAUACCACACCAGGCCCUCUGCUGCACCCUAAACUAGUUGUGAAUACCACACCAGGCCCUCUGCUGCACCCUAAACUAGUUGUGAAUACCACACUAGGCCCUCUGCUGCACUCUAAACUAGGUGUGAAUACCACACCAGGCCCUCUGCUGCACCCUAAACUAGGUGUGAAUACCACACCAGGCCCUCUCUGGAAACAAAGGGUUUGUUUUUAUGCCAAAGGACUUCAUUCUCACAUGUUAGCUUUAUUUGUUAAGGGUUCCUUAUUUUUUGAUUGUUGUUAUUAUUGCUGAGAAAGUAUGAAUCGCUUUAAUUUCAGAACCAUUAUUUUGCACUGAGCUAAACAGAUUUAAAAUCCCCAAACCCACAAAAAGUUAACAAAAUUUGCUUCAUUUUGGCUUAAUAUAAAAUUCCAGUGUGUGACCUAAUUGAGUGAUCUAAGAGUGUUUACCAAUGAAAGUGAUUGCUCUGUUUUUUCCUUAGUUAUGUAAUUGACACCACUCACCUUCAAUACCCAGUCUGCGCACCAGAGGGAGCCAGUACGCUGAGUAUUGAAUAAGUGAUAGUAGUAGCCAGUGUCAGUGGUGGAUUUGGAUUGAUACAGUAAUGAUCGUGGUUGUUGUAUAGAAGAAAAUAUACCUGUGGCAGUUUUUUGAUAUGGUCAAUUUGUAUUUGAUUCUAAAAUGAAUUCCUGAGGCUUCCAGAUGGUCUGGAAACGACUGUGUUUGAUAAUUUGCCUAAUCUAAUAUGACUAUCCAAUACUAUCUCUCUCAGUACUCUCUGAUUAAAGAAAAUACUUGGAUAAAACAAACUAUAAUCAGCAAAUACUAUUAAUGAUCAAAUUCCCCAGAUCAACUGAAUUCAUUUUGUAUUAGUAAGUUAUUACACUCAUUUUAAUAUUUUUGGCUCGAGUUCGGAGACCAAAUGUGAGUUAUUUCUGAUGGCUCUACAAUGCUGUCAUAGCGAUAUUAUCUAGAUAUUUCUGUUUGUGAAUGAAACUGCGUUUGAGAGUUGGAUAUGGUGCAUAGGACUUGUGACAAGAGUGUUGUUGUGUGAUGUUGUACUGUAUGUCUGUGUGGUUGUAUAUGUGAGUGUUAUAACAGGCAUUAACUUGUUUUUUUUUUCAGAAGGGGCCUGCAUUACAAUUGUCAUUGCAGCAUCUGAAAUGCUUUAUCGAGUUGAGCAAAAGGGGUAAGGACCUUGUCAUAGGUGUAACACUGACUGACCCAGUGUGUUCAGAAAUGUUGUCUUACUGAGCAAUGUCUUACAUAAUGUGUUUUUAAAAUCUUUAAAAAAUAAU